AUGGAUGAGGAGUUUACUCUAAGGCGGCGCGAGAUCGGGGGGCACAAAGCCUUCGAGUCUUCCCAAAAGUUGCGGUUUAAGUUAACAUUAGUUGAGAUUUUGGUGCUUUUAUCUUCGACCGCCUAUCAAACAGUGCUUUUGGCCCUGCAAGAUCCGGUUUCAAUGUCAAUUAGAGCACUGGCUGUCUGUGAAUUGGUCUUAAGGGGUGAUUUAUGGGUGGAUAGCCAAAAGAUAUUGCAGGCCCGCGAGGCCUUUGUAUCACAGGACGAGUUUCACGACGAGAUUUACCAUAAAAUCAAAGGAUCAAGCAAAGGCCGUGAAGUCAAGAAGUGGCUGCUCUUGUUAAAUGGAGAGAGCUAUUCACUUAAGAAGGACAAGUACCAUAUAAGGGCGGCAAGAAAGCGCGUGGGCGCCAUGCUAAUUGCCAAGAACAUCUUUGCUAAACCGCCUAGUCGAAAGAAACAAAUAGCCGCUUUAUUCACUAGCCAUGGAGUUAUGCGCGGGGAAGAUGUACUAGUAAAGGGAGCCCGCGCUGAGAUUAUUGGGAUCUUGGUGAAGUUCCUAACCAAUGAGGUAGUUUAUGAAGAAGGGGAUGUCUUGCGACUCUCUGCCCUAGUUUGUGCUUUGGCUUACUGCUGUUUAAUUGAAGACGUCCUGCUGACUUUGUCCCCCGAGGCCGCAGAUACGGCCCAAAAGAAAGUAGCCGAGAUUUUGGGCAAGUAUAAGGCAGGCGUAGGAGUAGUGGCGAAUGACAAAGAGUGGUCGGUCUUUUGUGUGCUUCGGGAGUAUCUAAAACUAGGAACCUGGCUGUAA